AUGUUAGAUGAUGAGGGGCAGUUGUGUGGGGAUGUUGAGGUGCUGGGUGAUGAGCAGCCCAGCACCAGUAGAGCGUGCCAGGAGGAGCAGCCGGGGCUGGGUGAGGAGCAACCCAGCACCAGCAGACAAGGUGAGUCUGACGGUGAGGAGGCCGAGGAAGAGCUACCCGGUUCCGGUGGAGAGGCCCAGAAAAAAGACUCACCUUGUCUGCUGGUGCUGGGUUGCUCCUCAUCCAGCACCGGCUGCUCCUCCUGGCACGCUCUACUGCUCUGGCUGCUGCACACCGAGCUCCGGCUGGGCCUCACGUCCACCAACCUGCACCUGAACGACACUCACAGCAGGCUGCGCAUUCCUCGUUACUGCCUGAACGUUACUGGGCUCUGGUUCAGGCAGCACGCUCAGAAAAGACUUACAUUAUCCAAACGUCAUUAUGACAGCACACAGGAUGAAGUUAGAGCAUACAAAGUUAGGACAUACCAAAGUGAUGCUGUUAUUAAGAAACAAAAGAAACAGUAUCGCGUGAAUACACAGGAUAAAGUUAGAGCAUACAAAGUUAGGACAUACCAAAGUGAUGCUGUUAUUAAGAACAAAAAGAAACAGUAUCGCGUGUUCAAAUACAAAACUGAUCUUUCAUAUCAGCGUAGACAAAAACAGUACAUAGUCAAUAGAUACAACACAGAGAGGGAUUUUAAGAACAGACAGAAACAGUACUAUUUCACUAGAUACAACACAGAUACAGCUUUUAAAGAAGCACAAAAGAGGUACAGAACUCUAAGAUAUUUAGAAAAUUCCUCACACAGAAUUAAGAAGAGAAAAAGACUUACAUUAUCCAAACGUCAUUAUGACAGCACACAGGAUGAAGUUAGAGCAUACAAAGUUAGGACAUACCAAAGUGAUGCUGUUAUUAAGAAACGGUAUCGUGUCCACAAAUACAAAACUGAUAUCGCCUAUCAGCGUAGACAAAAACAGUACGUUGUCACUAGAUACAACACAGAGAUGGGUUAUAAGGAAAGACAGAAACAGUACAUAGUCAAUAGGUACAACACAGAGAUGGGUUAUAAGGAAAGACAGAAACAGUACAUAGUUAAUAGGUACAACACAGAGAGGGAUUUUAAGAACAGACAGAAACAGUACUAUGUCACUAGAUACAACACAGAUUCAUCUUUUAAAGAAGGACAAAAGAGCUUCCUGCUCCGCUCGGCUCAGCUGAGGCUCCUGCGCAGCACCACUGAGCUCUGGCUGCUGCACACCGAGCUCCGGCUCGGCCUCACGUCCACCAACCUGCACCUGAACGACACUCACAGCAGGCUGCGCAUUUCCCGUUACUGCCUGAACGUUACUGGGCUCUGGUUCAGGCAGCACACUCAGCUCCUGGCGGUAGAGCGUCUGGUAGCCCUCAUCAACCGUCAGCCGUGGGACAAAGUCAGCAACGAAGACCUGGCCCACGUCAGAAACCUGGAGGAGGCGCUCACCUUAGGCCAGCGGGUGCAGACGGCGGCCAGCAGACGGCCAAAAGCAGCGCCCGCCUCCUCCACAGUCCGGCUGGCCGUCAGGUUGUUGCUGGGAGCCAGGACACACACGGCGUCAGGGGUCCGGGGAACGGCAGCGUGCACGACCUCCUUCCUCAGCUGGAUGCCCAGGAAGAGUAAGAAGGCCCGGGCCGCCAAGGAACGGUUUCGGAAGCUGGAUGUCGACGUCGCUCAGCGUCCAGGAGUGCCUGGGACGGAGCUGGUUGGGCGUCAGAAGCUAUCUGGGGCCGGCGCACAUGGGACGGGGUGGCGUCACAAGGUGCGCAGGAUGCCCAGGAAGAGUAAGAAGGCCCGGGCCGCCAAGGAACGGUUUCGGAAGCUGGAUGUCGACGUCGCUCAGCGUCCAGGAGUGCCAGGGACGGAGCUGGUUGGGCGUCAGAAGCUAUCUGGGACCGGCGCACAUGGGACGGGGUGGCGUCACAAGGUGCGCAGGUGGCCAACCAGCAGGGUGACCGGACGGAGCCACAAGCUGGUCCUCCCUCCUCCUCACCCAGACAAGCAGGUACUUAAAGUUCCUGACUCUCACAAUCACCACAUCACUGACUGCUGUGGUUCCAGGAGGCCUCCCUGUGCAGCACAGAGCCUCCCAGGGAGGAUGCUGUGGAAAGGCUCCAGCUCCCUGCAGCCCCAGUCCCUGAUCAGGAACAUCUGGUUUGUUCUUCUUGUAGGAGACUCCCAUCUGCGCUCCGUUGCAGACGGGAUCGUCGCUAUGCCAGAGGGCCGCUUCUCCUUUGGCGUGAUGUCCACCCCGGGGGCGUGUGCCAACCAGCUGAGGAAGGAGGUCGUGCACGCUGCCGUUCCCCGGACCCCUGACGCCGUGUGUGUCCUGGCUCCCAGCAACAACCUGACGGCCAGCCGGACUGUGGAGGAGGCGGGCGCUGCUUUUGGCCGUCUGCUGGCCACCGUCUGCACCCGCUGGCCUAAGGAGAAGCGGCCCUCCGGCAUAGCGACGAUCCCGUCUGCAACGGAGCGCAGAUGGGAGUCUCCUACAAGAAGAACAAACUGGGAGAGACAAAAGAGAGGCUUGAAGUUAGAACAGGAGCCUCCACAGGUGAAGCCUUCAUACCCAGAUGUUCCUGAUCAGGGACUAGGGCUGCAGGGAGCUGGAGCCUUUCCACAGCAUCCUCCCUGGGAGGCUCUGUGCCGUACAGGGAGGCCUCCUGGAACCACAGCAGUCAGUGAUGUGGUGAUUGUGAGAGUCAGGAACUUUAAGUACCUGCUUGUCUGGGUGAGGAGGAGGGAGGACCAGCUUGUGGCUCCGUCCGGUCACCCUGCUGCUGGCCGCCACCCGGUGCAGCUCCUGGCGGUAGAGCGUCUGGUAGCCCUCAUCAACCGUCAGCCGUGGGACAAAGUCAGCAACGAAGACCUGUUGUUGCUGGGAGCCAGGACACACACGGCGUCAGGGGUCCGGGGAACGGCAGCGUGCACGACCUCCUUCCUCAGCUGGUUGGCACACGCCCCCGGGGUGGACAUCACGCCAAAGGAGAAGCGGCCCUCCGGCAUGGCGACAAUCCCGUCUGCAACGGAGCGCAGAUGGGAGUCUCCUACAAGAAGAACAAACUGGGAGAGACAAAAGAGAGGCUUGAAGUUAGAACAGGAGCCUCCACAGGUGAAGCCUUCAUACCCAGAUGUUCCUGAUCAGGGACUGGGGCUGCAGGGAGCUGGAGCCUUUCCACAGCAUCCUCCCUGGGAGGCUCUGUGCUGCACAGGGAGGCCUCCUGGAACCACAGCAGUCAGUGAUGUGGUGAUUGUGAGAGUCAGGACCUUUAAGUACCUGCUUGUCUGGGUGAGGAGGAGGGAGGACCAGCUUGUGGCUCCGUCCGGUCACCCUGCUGGUUGGCCACCUGCGCACCUUGUGACGCCACCCCGUCCCAUCUGA